CAUACGCCGAGAAUAUAUCGUUCUACUUCACAUUAAUUCGGUUACCUGUGACGGGCCACCAUUCACGGAAUGCCUUGACACUACCACUGACCGCAAGCCGCCCGUCCUACGUGCGUUGUUAAUAUGGAUAAAAAGCAUACCUCCCUUAGCGCACAGGCAGCGCAGCUGCAGCGGUCCAUUCAGAGUAGGGAGCAGCGACGGAUUGCCGAAAAGGCUCAGCGCUAUGUGAGUCCAUCGCCUCCUUGCAGACCGAACGUUCUACUGUCACUUCUGUUAUGCCGAACCAAUGGCUGUUCUUGUUGAAAACCUCCGCGUGGGUCCAUCGGGACAGGAAGCUGCCGAGGCAGCCGGCGAGUAUGGCGCUUAUGAUGCCCCCCCAGCCAAACGUGUGGCUUCUGGCAAUGCCGGCCGUAGUGCGGCCGUGGCGAAGCUGUCAGAGAUUUCCGCACUGGCGUCCCAGCCGACCGAGUUGUUUCGCUGCGAGCUUUGCAACGCCAACUUCCCUAGUCAGGCGCAGUACCAGCAGCACCUGGCGGGGCCGGUGCAUCGGAAGGCCCUGGACAAACUGGCCGAGCAGCAGCUGGCUGCGCAGCGCCGGGCCGUCUACCAGGACAUGACGGAUUCAGCGCUGGGGGCGGCGGCCUGGUCGUCAGCACAUGGAGGAGGUGCAGGUGGAGGCGGAGGUUUCGGAGGCGGUCGUCAGCAGCAUCCAGCUGGGGCCUAUCCGCCGUCAGCAGCAGGAGCCGCAGGAGCGGUAAACAGUUUUGCCGGGGGCCACGGCGCCGUGAGUGCCGGUCGGAUGCCGGGUGGCGGCCGUGGCGUUGGGGAACCCAGGAGCACCCCUGCCGCGGCGGGGCGGGGCAGCAAGGGCUCCGGUCAUCCUGCCUGUGCUGCACCACGGCGCCAUGACGUGAUGAGCCAUGAGGAGGUGGUGGCAGCUGCUACACGAAGUGAUGAGCCGCUGACCAUAGGAGUAACCACUCCCACGGGUGCCUUGCGUACGACGGAUCUUUCGGGCUCGUUGAAUCGACAACACCAUCACAAGCAUCAACAACAGCGUAAUGAGCAGCAGUGCGAUAAUGACAAGGAAGAAGGACGACGAGAACAGGAAGACCAACACGACGGUCAACAACAACAACAACAACAGCAGCAGCAACAGCAUCAGCAGCACCUGGAGGCGCAGAACGGCAGCCUCCCUAAGGAAGCCGCCAGGGAGGGCACAGAUUACGGUAGCAGCGGCGGCGGCGGCACAGGCGGAGGACUGCUGGGCCUUGUGUACGACAGUGGUGACGAUGAUGAUGAUGAUGAUGAUGAGGGUUGCGUGGAUGCGAAUGAGGAUGCGGGAGUGCGCCAGGAGGGGAAAGGUUCGCUCGGUAGCAUGGCGGCGGCAACCGCGGCGGGAGGAAGCGCACGGCCAACAGGUGCUGCUGCGGAGGGAACGGAGGCAGAGGGGAAGGAUGGUGCCGGUGGUGGAACCACUAGCAUGCACGAAUACGUUAGCAGCGAUGAUUGCGACAGUGAUGUUGAGAGCGGCGAUGGCGAUUUACAGGGCCCCAGCUUCACUGGGCCUUUCUUUUGACUAGGACUCGUGAUUUCCUUUGGGUGUGGAGUUGGUGCAAAUAGCUCCUGUCGCUCAUCUCUUUCUCGACUGACUGAUAUGCUUCGUUCCUUGCACAUGAGGGGGGUUACGGAGAUACCAUUGAUUGUUAAUGCCGCCACUGACAAACUAAUGUUUGUUGCUAUGAUAGUUAUGACCGAAAAAAAAAUCCUACAUGGGUUCGUGAUACAGAAUGGUCUAUAUAGAUCUUGCCAUGGUAUAAUAGAUAGGACUGAAAAUGAAUGGUU